AUGCAAGACAUCAAACGUGAGGUCGAAAUGUUGGAAACAAUAGAGCUUCAGCUUUUAGGAGGCCUGCACAAAAUGAACAGAGGGAAUAAGGAUGCCGGACAGGCAGAUAUCGAGAAGGUUGCAAAACAAUGUAAGGCUCGAUGCAUGUCUAUUAAAGUUAAACUAGAAAUACUAGAGAAACAACUAAAGGCAGAAAAAGAAAAUAACAUUAAACUGUCCGAAGAACUUCGCACAACUAGGGAACAAAAACGGAAGCUGGAGCAAGAGUUAAACCAGUCGAACAGCUUAUUAGAAGACGUUUUCAAAGAUUCCCCCGAGGAUUUGGAGGACAUUGGCAUUGCUACUAAAUCCCUCGAGGCAGAUGCCAGUUCAAAAGAAAACUAA